GCUCAAACUUUAGUUCUCUCUUCUUCCUCCUCCUCCUCCAUCCUCUCCUCCCCUCUCGCCGCCAUCCUGUUCGCCACUCCCCUCACCAUGCCCUCCAAAGCGUUCAGGUCGUCCGACGACGACCCUCUCGCCCGCGCCAUCGCUCCGCCUCUGAACGAAUCCCUAGCAGAACGCGAAGUCAGAAUACAUGAAGAGCAGGAAGCAAAACGCAUCUCAGACGCAAUCGACGACGAACUCAAUCGCCAGCGCCAAGCUGAGAAGAAGGGCCCAAAACCCAUCAAGAUUCUUCUUCUAGGCCAGAGCGAAUCAGGCAAAUCAACCACCCUGAAAAACUUUCAGCUCAUGAACUCGCCCAAAGCUUUCCGUGCUGAACGGGCGUCAUGGCGAGCUGUUAUACAGCUCAACGUCGUACAUUCCGUCCGUACCAUAAUCGACCUCAUGAACAAAGCACAAGCCUCCAGUUAUUCCUCCUCAUCUGUCUCUUCACGCCCGAAUACGCCGUUUAAGGAGUACCCCAACUUAACAGGAGAACAUCUUAAAUUAAAAAUGCGUCUCGCACCACUUAUGCAAGUCGAGGAGGGUCUCCUACGAAAGCUGUUACCUGCCUGUUCUCCUGCAUUUGCCGCUUCUCAUCUCUCAGCAAUCACGAACCUUCCAUAUUCCGAGCGCAUGAAUAAUGUAAAGGAAGUUACUGUGAACUCUACGAGCUUGUGGAAAGGAGCCUUCGCAAGGCUUAUGAAUUCCCGAGAAAGCUGCGAGAGCGAGAACUUGGUGAACUGGGAUGAUCCUGACGAUCCUGGUGUGAUCCUCCAUGCGUGCGCUGAGGACAUGACACGGCUCUGGAAUGACCCUACUAUCAAGCAGCUGCUUCAAGUUGAAAAGAUGCGCCUAGAAGAGAUGGCUGGUUUCUUCUUGGAUGCUCUAGAUCGAGUGACAUCACCUCGAUAUGUGCCGACAGAUGAUGAUAUCCUACGAGCUCGUUUGAAGACCAUAGGCGUCACAGAAUAUCGUUUCACGAUGAAAACAGGUCCCCUAGGAAGUGCUAUGAGCCACGACUGGCGAGUAUUUGACGUCGGCGGCCAGAGAUCACUGACAGCUGCCUGGGUUCCAUUUUUCGAUGAUAUGAACGCCAUCAUCUUCUUGGCGCCGAUAAGUUGUUUUGACCAGGUUUUGGCGGAGGACCCUACCGUGAACCGGCUGGCUGAUUCAGUCUUGCUAUGGAAGGCCAUCGUAUCAAAUCCGCUGCUCAAGAAGACAGACCUUAUACUUUUCUUGAACAAAUGCGAUAUUCUCAAGGCAAAACUUACUUCAGGGAUACAACUGGGUCAUUAUAUCGUCUCUUACGGAAAUAGGCCAAAUGACUUUGAAAGCGCUUCACGGUACCUUCAGAAGAAAUUCGCAGCGCUACUAAAGGACCAUUCUCCUGAGCGUCCUUUCUAUUGUCAUUUUACUUCUGUUACCGAUACGAAGUCAACGAUCAUUAUCCUCGAGAAUGUGCAAGAUAUGAUUGUGCGAGAUAACUUGAAGAAGAGUGCGCUUGUGGCAUGAAGUGGUCGUAUUUGCACUUCUCCCAAAAUCACUCAAGACAUUUAUUUCGUUCAAUCCACUUGCGAUACACCCGAAAGAACUAGAAUCAACUCGUUAUGGCAUCCAAACGACUUUCACGUAACAACUCCUCAUUCCCCCUCGCUCGCUCGCUCAUUUUGCGAGGCAAAAUCAUACCAAUGUAUCAACCCACUCAUGGUCCACAAAGUGGACGCACAACUCACAAUCCUUUCCCCCUCACCUCAAUCAUCCCAUCCGCGUUGUCUUUCCUUCAAUUCUUGGUCUAAUAGUCGCAAUCAAUCCUUGGUCUCUCUUUCUGACUUUCGGGCAAAGUCCUCUCCACCUCGUUGCGUCCUGUCAUUGGAUGAAGUGAGGAUAUUCUGCCUCUCACAGUGGCCUUGUCAUCUUUAGAAGGAUGGAUGGCGCUGUUGUAUCAACAUCUCAUAGCAGUAGAAUUUACCCUACUCUCUCCCCCCAAUUUACUUUUACAAUUCGCCGUCUACAAAUCUCUCGAAUCAUCGUGGCGUCCAACUACCUACAUGGACGCACGCUUCUACUUUUGUCAUGUCCCAUAAUUUUGAGCAUGCAAGAAUGAAAAAGAAAUAUCUUUAUACUUGGCAUCGAGGAUUAAAGAAUGAUAGACUGUAUAUU